AUGAAAUGGCUGCUUCGGCUCGUCACUGGGCGGAACAGGAAGAGGACCCCCAUCCCGCCUAAGCCGUACGUUGAUACGGCGUCAGCCAUGAAACACAUGACAGACACGCGGCUGUACGACCCAGACGACUUGAAGCACAUUGAUCCUGAGAGGCCGCACUGGCAGGACCCGCGCUUCGAGUCGCGUGAGAGCGUCCCUUUUUUUGACUUUUGGGGAUACAACAGGGACUGGAGCUGGACACUUUUCAGACUCUCUGCCUUCCUUUUCGUUGGCGUCUUCUACUGGGAGAUGCGAUCACUGGUGUACAUGCAGAAAGACCCCCCAAAAGUUACAAGUAGCACUACGAUAUCGCCGGUUCCGGAUUAUGCGAGGGACGAAAAAGCCACAGAGGAGGAGCUGCGUGCCGCUGGGUUUGCCUAUGUCGGUGUGAAGAAGUUAGACCACCUCGGGCUAAGAGGGAGUGAUGUGGCGCAGCAGGACAAGAACGAGGUCUAG